AUGGAUCUUUGCAUCACCAUCAAAGGCGUCUCCUUCCUCUUGCAGACGGGGCUGGGCAUCAUGGGUAACGUGCUGGUGCUGGCGGCCUACAGCCACAUCGCCUUUGCGGAGCCGCGGCUGCAGCCCGUGGACAGAAUCAUGGCCCACUUGGCCUUCGCUAACCUGAUGCUGCUGCUAACCCGCGGAGUCCCUCAGACCAUGACCGUCUUCGGCAUGCGCCACCUACUGGACGACGCCGGCUGCAAAGUGGUCAUUUACGCUUACCGAAUCAGUCGGGCGCUCUCCGUCUGCCUGACCUGCAUGCUGAGCGUCUUCCAGGCUCUGACCAUUGCUCCUGCGGCCGGGCCACAGUUGGUUAAGCUGAAGGCCAGGCUGCCCCAGCUGGUCGUGCCCACCUUCGUAGGUCUGUGGCUGCUCAACAUGGCUGUUUGUAUUGCAGCUCCAUUUUUCUCUAUAGCCCCUCGUAAUGGAACCGUCCCAGCGUUCACCCUCAACCUGGGCUUCUGUCAUGUUGACUUCCGCGACAAUUUGUCCUACGUGAUCAACGGUGCGGCCGUUUCCGGACGAGAUUUCGCCUUCGUAGGCCUCUUGCUGGGCUCCAGCGGGUACAUCCUGGUCCUUUUGCACAAACACAGCAAGCAGGUGAGGGCCAUCCGCCGUUCCCAGGGAAGUUCCAUGGAAAUGCGGGCGGCUAAGACUGUGGUCAUGCUAGUGGUCCUUUACGCCGUGUUUUUCGGCAUAGACAACGUGAUCUGGAUUUACAUGCUGACCGUGGCCCAGGUGCCGGGCGUAGUGGCGGACAUGAGGGUGUUUUUCUCGUCCUGCUACGCUACGCUAAGCCCGUUCCUCAUGAUCAGCUCCAACAAGAAGCUGAAGGAGAGGAUGGUGUGCGCGGCCGGUGAACACAAGCAGGAAUCUGCUGAGGAAUCAACUGACAAAAGUAAUCUUAAAUAA